GCCGCCUUCUGCUACAUGCUGUCGCUGGUGCUGUGCGCUGCCCUCAUCUUCUUCGCCAUCUGGCACUGGGAUCUUCUUUGUCCUGCUCUGUAAGAGAAGAUUGCAAUGCACCAGUUUUGAUGGCUGUCUGGAUAACCAAAGUGUCCAUGGCUGAGAAGGUGGAAUGUCUUCACGUCCUGUAUCAGCCAGUGAAACCUCUUCUUAUUGCCAUUGGAUAAUCGCCUUUGAUGAGUUAAGGACAGACUUCAAAAGCCCCAUAGAUCAGUGCAACCCUGCUCAUGCACGAGAACGACUGAGAAAUAUUGAGCGCAUCUGCUUUCUUCUGAGAAAGCUGGUGCUACCUGAAUAUUCCAUCCACAGCCUUUUCUGUAUAAUGUUUUUGUGCGCACAGGAAUGGCUCACCUUGGGGCUGAAUGUCCCACUGGUUUUCUAUCACUUUUGGAGGUAUUUCCAUUGCCCGGCGGACAGUUCAGAGCUAGCAUACGAUCCCCCUGCAGUCAUGAAUGCAGACACCUUGAGUUAUUGUCAGAAAGAGGCCUGGUGUAAACUAGCUUUCUAUCUCCUUUCAUUCUUCUACUAUCUUUACUGCAUGAUCUAUGCUUUGGUGAGCUCUUAACUCAAAGACCAUCAUUAAAGACUGAGAACAACAAAGGACACAGAGCAAAGACAAGUCAACUUUCAAUGAUGCUUGGUAAAAAAAAAAAAAAAAAACCAGCAGGAAAAGAAGGCUUUUAACCCAAUCAGUAGUACUGUAUGUGAAAGACAUACACAGCAAGAACAAUGACCAGCUGAAGAACUGGAAUAUUUUGGAGAGUGAGCUGAGCAAACUGUGUUUAUCUUGUCUUUCUUGGUAUUUUAUGGUCUGUGGUUUCAAAAACCCAUGCAAAACAAUGAUGAAAUUUAAGGGGAUGAAGUAAAAAACUGUCUUCAUCUGAUGGGGGGAUACUGCACAGUAAAUUUGGUUUACUGCAGACUCCAAGCUCUGCUGUUUCACAAGGACUUUCUUGCUCAAUAACCAUUCUGUUCUGAGAGAAUGGGGGGCCGGAGGGCACAUUCCACAGAAAUGGUGGCUAAGGAUGCUGCUAAAAGAUGUGUUUAAUACACAUUAUGAACACUAGUUGGAAUUCAUGACAAUAGUCCACGGAUGGUCAUGUGACUAAGGAAAAAGGGACAUUGUAUCUUGCUAGUUAAGUGACUUUAAUGUUUUUUUCCAGACAUGGCUAAAGAAAAAAACAAGAAUUUGCCACUGUAAUGCAGUAUUUUUGAAUGAUAUGCCAUUCCUGUAAUUGAAUAUCCAGUAGUAUAUUUUUAAUAUUCUAUCUGUUACACACCAAUUUAUGUAUGACUGAAUUACAUCUCUGAAUACAUAUGGCUUGACCCAAUUACGUCAAGAUUUUAGUAGCAUGGUAUUCCUCCUACUGGGGAUAAAACUGGUGAAAAACCCAUAUAUUAGGGAAUGGUGUAAUAUGAACAUUUUGGACACCAAAAUGGUGUAUACAAAAUGUUGUACCUCUGAAGGACUAAAUGAUUUUAGUCUGUGAUUUUUGUCAUGCUGCUUCCUUUGGUUGUCCAAUUUCAUCUGAAAUUAACAGCUUGUGUUUCUUGUCUUACAUACCAGGUGGGUGUCUGUCCUCAUAGAAUUUAAUUGCAAAGGUUUUGACUUUAUCUUACAAUUACAUAGGUUGAUAUAGAUGAACUGUGCAUGUUUCAUAUGUCCAUACAUGUAGACUUGCACAAUCCAGCUAUAUAUAUAUAUAUAUUAAAUUAACCUGUUUCAUUCCAAAGCUGUCAAUUUGGGGGUGGACUUCUGCAGAGUACUUUACAUAGUUGUGUGUGUUUAUGUUUGUUUUUAUUUUUAACUUUUCAUCUUUGCAGUGAAAAAUAAUGCUAUUCUAAUGGUAAUAUCUAUUUCCAAAGAAAUAGAUAGCAAGCCUAGAUUCUGUGUUUUUAGGAGCCCUUCUGUCCAGUGUAAUUCAUAAACCCAGGUUAUGUGAUUAAGCUCCCCUACACAAUGCAUGGAGAGAAGUAUAUGCUGUAAAGUGAGAUUCACAGAGGCCAGCAAACUGAGCAGGUGCUGAUAAGCUAGCCAGCAAGACAGGCCCAGGGAGGGGGCAGGGGCUAAAGUCCCACUGCUCAAAGAGAAUUAGGCAUCCUUUUCCACCGGGAUUCCCACACAGAAGAGGGAGUUGAACCCAGGUCUCCUACACCCCUGAUAAGUGCUCCAAACCCUGGGCUACAGCAUAUAAACAGGAUACUGUUACUACCACCUCCUGGCACUCUUUUAUUUUGACUAGAGUUGAGUAGAGCUAUUCCUACUGGAUUGAGCGCCCCAUGUAAAGUAGGAAGGGGGAUGCCUAAUUUGUAAAUCGUGUCAAGGUUUAAUUAUGAGCUAGGCACCUAAUUGCUCAGUGGUGUCACAGUAUUAAUAGUCAGCAGUAUAUAUUUUGGGACCUACAGUGUUAGGCAGCAGCUGAGCAAGGGUUUUAUGAAUUCAGUAAUGCCUGAAGGCUGGAGUGAGGCAUCUAAAAAGGCAUUUGGCAUCCGAGUCUCCCUUGUCAAUGUAGCUCCAAUUCACUACAGGGAGUUAGUACUGAAAGGGACCUCUUGGAUCACUAAGUUCAGCCCCCUGCUAUUGUGAACAUUUUAUAAUUCUGUUCAUAAACUUAUCAAGUUCCCUCUUAAAACUGGUUUGUUUGACCACGCCACUCCUAAUGGAAGGCUGUUCUAGAUUCACACUCUCCUGAUGAUUAGCAACCUUCUGAUUUUUGGCAUGAAUUUACUCAUGGCCAAUUUAUAGCGAUUUAUUCUUAGAAAUCGUAGAAAAAUAGUACUGGAAGGGAUCUUGGGAGGCAAUCUAAUCCAAACUCUUGCGCAUAGUGGAAUCGUCCCUGUUUAAACCAUUCUAGUCAAAUAUUUAUCUAUCAUGCUCUUAAAAACUUCCAGGGAUGAGGAUUCUACAGUUUUUCUAGGUAAUCUAUUCCACUGUUUAACUACCCUCUUAAUUAGCAAGGUUCUUCCUCAUACCCAAUAUAAAUUUCAUGUGAUGACAUUUAAGAUCAUUAUUUUUUUACCUGCACCCUAUAGUCACAAAAAAUAACUUGUCACAGUCCUCUUUAUAACCACUCUUCAGGUCAUUUGAAGAUCGUUAUCAAAUCCCUCUUCAGAAUUCUUUUCUCCAGAGUUAUGCUAUAUUUACUUACAUACCACACACACCUCUCCCCACAGAAUCAGCCCUCCAAGAUUGGGGUGCAUGACUUAAGUGAGGAAACUGAUUUAUUUAAUUGGACUAGAAGGUGGGAGGUGCUGUGUUCUAAUGGCUGCCACUUUUUUAGCCACUGUUUCCAGAGCACUGUAGCUUGUGCUUAAAGCAGCAACUGAGCUGGCUCAGGGCAAAUGAGUUGCUGCAUGCAAUCUGUAAUAUCUUGAUGAGGCUUGUGAUGUGGAAACAAUACUUAAUUAUUUACAGGAAUAUAUAUAAAAGCUAUUUACAGUAAAGAAGUAACAAUCUUGCUACUGCCUUUGCAAGGCUCUAGGGCCUAACUUCGUUGAAGUCCUGCCAUACUGGCAAGCUUGUGCUGUCUCUAUCAUAGAAUCAGUUGCGACUCUUGGAAUUUUUUUUUCAACAAUGUGUGUGCUUUAUUUGGGGGUACGUGGUAUGCAAGAAAAUAUGGUAAUCCCUGUUCUUUCCACCUUCUCUUGCAAGUCAUGUUUCCUAGGUCUCCAGUCAGUUUUGUUGCUCUCUCCUGGACCUCCUAAUUUGUUCAUGUCUUUCUAAGACAUGAACUUCUUUGAAGUGUGGUGCCCAAAAUGGGACUGUAACAAGGUACAUGGCUCAGGGGCUGAAGCUCAGCUUCAGUGGAUUAAAGGGUAAUAGCCUACCUACCUAGGAGCACUAGGGCAACUGACAGGGGUGAUUGGUUGCCCAGGAAGGAAGUUAAAAGCUCCCUGAGAGCUGAUGCUGGAGAGAAAGGAAGCUGAAAAGAAAGGCAACACUGAAGCAUUGUGGUAAAGCCCUUACCCAGGGUGGUGGAUUUCAUUGGUAUUUUGUUUAGUUUGAGGUAGGAAAGGGAGAAGGGUGGCUCUUGGGCCUGGCUAAAGGAAUAACAGCUCACUACAUGACAUGGUACUUCAGUGCUGCAUAGAGUGGAAGAAUCACUUCCCAUGACUUACAUAUGGCACUCCUAGUAUUCAAAUGGCCUUUUCUGCAACAGUAAAAUAUUGUUGGCUCCUGGAUAUCUUGGGCACUUAUACACAUACUUUUCUGUCCCACAACGUGGCAGAUAUCUGCCGCUUCGGAGCAGACUUGAUUAGUUGAGUCUGUUCCUCACGUGAACUAAAGCAAACUGCACUGAACCACAUGCAGUUGUAUAAGUGGUGAAAUAUGUGUGAACACACAGAAAAUGGAGGCGGUGCACUUUUGAACUAAAGCACCUCCGAUGUGUUUUAGUUUAAAAGCACACUGCCACCAUUUUCUUAGCGCUGACACACAUUUCACCACUUAUAUGACUGCAAGUGUCACAGCACCAGGCACUUUUCAAAGCGCCCAGUCCUGCAGCACUUGCAUGUAUAAAAAUGCCCCUUAUGGUCCACUAUAACCUCCAGGUCCUUUCCUGUAAUACUGCAGGCUAGCCAGGUGUUCACCUGUCUGUAUUUAUGCAUGUGAUUGUUCCAUCCUAAGUGCAGGACUUUGCACUCAUCCUUAUUGAAUUUCAUUUGAUUAAUUUCAGAUGAUUGUUCCAGUUUAUCAGGGUCAUUUUGAAUCCUAAACCUACCCUCAAGGGCAGGGGUUGUCAGCUGGGAAUACACGUACCCCUAGGGGUACUUAGGAAGGCUGUAGGGGGUAUGUGCGGGUGGAUGGAUGGGGACAGAAUGCACCCUGGGGCGCAGCGGCAGCAUCUCCCCUGCACAUUCCCAUACUUUGCUUCUCACCCAGGGGAAGGGUGGGGCAUACUGGAUGCUGCUGGCCCCAUGCAGCACACCGCAGCGCCUCCCUGCCUCCCACCUCAGCUUGCACUCUGUGCCCGCUCCCAGGAGCAGAGCCAAGGGGGCAAGGGCAGCGGUGCCCCUCUGCAGGCCACACACAUGCUGCCUGGCUGGCAGGAGGUGGAGGGAGGCUCACACACCACCACCGCCACUGUCACUGCCCUGCAUCGCCUUCUCACAGCCAGUCACACGUGCAGUUUUGCGGGCGGUGCAUGAUUGACUGGGCACGAGGCCCAUCACCAGCCUGCAGAGCUGCAUGUGCAAUCAGUUUUGAGAAAGCGGCACAGGGUGCAGUGGUGCAGAGCAGUCACUGGCUUUGCCCACUACGUCCGCGUCCCCCCUGUCCAGCCAUCUGGGCAGCGCGUGUGCAGCCUGCAGAGGGGCACCACUGCCCUCGCCUCCCACCUCCCACCCAGCCCUGCUCCUAGGAGCAGGCACAGAGACACACUACCCCCCACCUACCCUGCCAUUCUCGAUCUGGCCCCACCCCACCCCUUCCCCCCACACACACCUGCUGUGGGGGGUGGUAUCUGUGUGUGUGUGUGUGUGUGUGUGUGUGUGUGUGUGUGUGUGUUUGUGUCUAUGUCUUUGUGUGCAUCUAUGUGUCUUUCCCCUGCCCGCCUGGUGGUAGCAGGCACAUUGCAUCACGCAGCUCUUGGUGCAGUGGCAGCAGGGUGCAGAGUCCAGCCUGCAACAGCAGCUGCUUCUGCCCCACACACAGAUCUGUGGGGCACCUGCCCCCCCAGGCCUCCACUGGAGUACAUGCAGUGGCAGUAGCAGCAGCAGCAGUAAUUGCACCCCCUGCCCCACUGAGAUGAACUGCUCUUGCGCUCCAUCCCACACUCCACUCCGGCUGUACAGCACCUGCCCCAGCCCCACUCCCACCCUCACCAUGGGGGCCUCAAUCUGCCCCCCCACCCCUUAAAAAUGAGAGAAAAAUAUAAAGGGGUACAUGAGGUGAAACCUUGAGGUAGAAGAGGUACACUUGUUAAAAAACAUUGAAAACCCCUGCUCAAGGGUGUGUGCAAUUCUAUUCAGCUUGCUGUCAUCUGCACAUUUGCUAAUUCUGCAGAUCAGUUCCAUUGCCUAAAUCAUUGCUGAAAAUAUUAAACAGUAACUGGACCCAGGACAGACCUCUUGGGGAAUCAUACUUGAUACCUCCUCCCUGUUAGACAUUAAACCAUCAACAGCUACUCUUGUGUCAACAUUGUCUUUUAGGUUAGAAAACACCUUUUUCUCUUUGGUGUUUGCUCCAGAUGUAUUCACAGAGAGUUGUUUCCUCUCCCAGUCUCCAUUUUGCUGGGUUCAAUAGGCCAAACUUUUAAAACCUCCUUUUGUAAGAAAACAGACACCAUAUUCCCUCAAUCAUCCUAGAAGCCCUUUCCUUCGCUUCUUCCAGUUUGAAUCUAUUUCCCUUGAACAGGGAUGACCAGAAUUGUAGACCGCAUUCCAGAUGAUGCCUUACCCUUAACAGUGCCUACAAAGAAAAACAUUGACAUAAAUGUUAAUAUUGAGCUAAAUCCUACAGUUCGUAAGUAGGUCAGAUCUCUCAGUUUUCAUAAUCCUUCCUUACAGGAGUAGCACUGCUGACUUAAUCUAGGGUGCAGGAUUGGGCCAUUAAUAUCCAAGCAACACCUUUAGUGAAGUCAAAGAUAAAACUGUUUGACUAUGAAACCAGAUCUUGCCCUUCACUGAAUUUAAUUUGAGCUGCUCAGGAGGUGCCAAGCAGAACAAAUGCUUGUGUAAGUAACCAGUCAGUGAAUUCAUGAGUGAAAGGGGAAGUCUUAUGGACCAUAGAGCAAGCUACAUAAGCCAAACCCCACCCUGCUUGCAGCCCUAAGCAGAAGGUCUGUGCUAGGUGAUGGCAUAUAAAAUAAAAGGGAUCUGAGGGAUGGCAAAUGACUCGGAAAAGAUAUUCAGCCUCUUUCAGGAUCUCUCCAAAAAGCAAGCACCACAUCACUGUAGAGCAGCUGCAUCCACUAAAUGGAGAUGCUGACACAGUGGCAGGUGUGUUGGAAUACUGUAUCCAUAUUUUCAAACAUCUAUACCAGCUUUUUGCAGUUUUCUUGUAGGGUAGGGUUGUUUCCCUGCAGUUUUGUCAAACAAUACAGAAGGUAAAACAGUGUGCUUGUUUUUUUAAAAGUAAAGUUACUUUGUUGUAUAAUAGAAAGUAUCUAAUUGCUGUAAACAAUCCAGAAACCUAAUCUGGAUUCCUUUGUAUUGUGACAGAGUGGCCUAGCAUCUGAACCAGUGUAACCAGAGGUCAGAGGUAUGUGCUACAAAGGUCCAAGCACAAAAAAUAAAAAUACUUCCAAGACCUAAA